AUGCGUUUAUUUGGUUCCGACCGCCGCGAUAUCAGUGCGCGCCGAAGCCCGUCACCGAUCACCGACUUUGUGUCGCCCAUCCUUAUCAGCUCCGUCCGUCUUCUCUUACCUCCCUCGUCUCGGCGCCAACUUCUCGAUCCCCCCACACCGCCGACGCCAGCGACGCCGACUAUGCCUCGCCAGUCCUCCCGCAGCUCGGCGCCGACCCCGCGCCGCGUCGCCGAGCUCCUCCUCCAGCCUCUCGGGUACGAGGUCGUCUCGCUGCGCGAGCUCCAGACCCUGUGGGCGGGGUAUGGCCAUGUGUGCUCCGUCGUCGCGAGGAAGGGCCGGGACCAGCGCCGCCUCGUGCUCAAGCUCAUCUCCCCUCCGCCAGUGUCUGAUGCCGACGAGGGACACCUGCGCAAGAUGCUCUCGUACCGCGUCGAGCAGUACUUUUACGCGCACGUCGCGCCCGUAGUCUGCACAAAGGCCACGGUCGCCGACUGCCCCGCUGUCGCGGGUAUUGAUGGCCAGCACCCCGAGCUGGAGGGCACGCUGGCGCUGCUGCUCGAAGACCUGAGCGUCUCCUUCCCGCUCGCGGGCGAGAAGCGCGCCUACCUCUCCGAAAAGCAGGUUGGCGCCGCGCUCCGCUGGCUCGGCGAGUUCCACGGUAACAGCCGGCAACUGUUCCCCGCCAAGACGCACGAGUUUGUGCGCCCGCCGCUCGAGGAGAGCAGGCCGGAGGGCAAGAAGCUCUGGUUGAAUGGCGGGUACACAUACCUCGCCACGCGGCGGGGUGAGCUCGCCAACCUCGCGGAUGAGGGCGGGGAGUGGGCCGAUGCUUUCUGCGCGGAAGACAACGACGGGAUGAACAUGGCCGAACGCGUUGCGUCUGUCCUUGAGGCGCGGGGACGGCCAGCCGAGACACUCAUUCAUGGCGACGUCAAGAGCGAGAACCUCUUCACGACCUCGGACCAGAUGCGCGCGGCCUUCUUCGAUUUCCAGUACGUCGGUCUAGGGCUUGGCGCAUGCGACCUCGCCAAGUUGUUCACGUGCUCGAUCCCGCUCGUCAUGCUUGUGCCCGACAGGCAUGUGGGUCAGACACUCGACAUGACGGAGGGGGAGAGGAAACUGCUGCAGGAGUACAGACGGACACUGCUGGCGAACGGCAAGAGGUGGGGCAUGAGCGAGGAGUCGUACCCGUGGAACGAAUUCAAGCGGCACUGGGAGACGGCACUGGUCGACUGGUGUCGUUUCCAAGCCUCCUGGGGAUUCUGGGGGAACACGGAAUGGCUCGAGGCGCGUGUGCGGAGUAUCCUCGCCGACAAGGACUGGCGCGCCGGGCUCGACGAGCAGUAG